AUGGAUAGAAACUAAUUGCCAUUUAUAAACUAAGGAGUGAGCAUUCAGUAUGCCAAUGAUCCUAAUAACUUUUAAUAUGCUGACUAUAACAUAAACAAUCAAGCACCCUUCUAGCCAGCUAAUAUAAAUGAUGAUGAUGAUUACAAUGACAGGCAUGAGGAUAGUGCUGCUUUUAAUUUCAAUGAUGAACCACGUACACCAACCAGAUAAUCAAACAUGCCUUUUAGGAAGGAAUUAAAUCAAAGUCCUAACAAGACUGGAGGGUAAAUUCAUUUAAUGAAUCUAGUCCAAGAAGAUGUCUCAAAUGAACCUUAUAUUGGCAGAGAUGCUGUAGUUGUGAUUGAGGGAGAGAUGAGAUAGUUUGAUGGAAAAAGACUAGAUAAAAUUUAGAGAUACGUUGAGUCACUAGUCACUGGUAAUUUCAUGCCUGUCAAAAAAGAAAUCAAUCUUUAAAUCCAAUAAGCUGAUAUCAAUGAUAAAACAAAGAAACUACAAUCAAAUAGAGAGUUCUUAGAGAAAGAAAUGAGAGAGAUACAAAAAGUGUGGGUUAACCGAGUUAAUAAGCUAUUCAACAUGUUUUUAGGGCUUCUUGCUGGAAUGUCAAUCAUGCAUAUUCUAGUAAUACUCAGUUAAUCUGAUAAGGCUUCAUUCUUGUAGCUAUACUCUAAAGUGAGCACCAUAAUUAACAUAGUGUUCAUGGUCUUUACGAGUUUUUGUCUCAUCUUAGGACUUUCCUUAACUCUUAUCUACAAAUAAAAAUCAGAUGAAAAAAUGAGAAACAUGGAUGAAUACCGACUAGAAUUCCGUCAAUACUAUAUAGUCAGUUCAGUAAUGACUAGUAUAGUUGCUCUCUGCUUGCUCAUAAUUUAUAUUCUACCGAUUUACACCAAUAAAAUCUUUUACUACAACCCUAAUAACAUUACAGAUAGUGAUAUAAUGAAUGCUAAGGGGCUCUUUGGAGCUGUUAAUGUAUUUCUAAUAAUUGCAUGGCUACUUGCAACAGCUUUUAAUAAGGCCUCAAUUAGUGACUUAGAUAUGGACCCAGAGGAAAUUGAUGAAAGUGAAAAUCCUGAUGAAACUAUGAUUUCUUCCGAAUGA